GGCGGCACCUGGUCUGCGUCGCGACCACGCCGGAGUUCCUGAAUCACCAGAGGAGCAUCGGUAACGAUCUCUCGACGCCCGCGCCCAUGUACGGCUUCCCGGGGCUGAAGCCUGGCGACAGCUGGUGCGUGUGCGCGAGCCGCUGGGCCGAGGCCGUCGUCGCCGGGGUGUCCGCGCCCACCCGUGCGCGGGCCAGCCACGUGAAGGCCCUGAACUUUGCGCCGAAGGAGACGCUCCUGAGACUGGCGGUCGACGCGGCGUGA